GGGGCGGUGCGGGAUGUGGGGGGUUCGAUUCGCUCCUGCCCUUGAGGGGUCGGGGCUCCUCGCAGCCGCCCCUCCCGCGGGCACGGGCCGGUCCCCCCGCCGGUACUUGGGGCGGCGCGGCCGGGCUCGGAGCGGGUGACCCUGCCCGGGGUGACCCUUGCUCCUCGCCGCUCCCAGCCGGCCGGAGCCUUUGCCCCGGAGCUGGGCGACCAUGGAGCGGGGCAAGCGCCAGGAGGACAAUGGGCUGGGCAGCGUCCUCGACCUCCUGUUGGCCAACGCCAGGCUGGUGCUGGGCGUCAGCGGCGCGGCCGUGCUCGCCAUCGCCACGCUGGCCGUCAAGCGGCUGAUAGACCGAGCCACGAGCCCUCGCGAUGAAGGCGAUCCCAAAGCGGAGCAAAAGACGCUGGAGGAGAGCUGGCAGGACUUGGCCUUGAUCAAGGCAACGCCAAAACCCCCAAAGAAGCAGAGAAGGGAGGACCUCAGUGAGCCUCUACUCUCUCUGGCUCGGCCACCAGCAGCAGAGCCCAGCGUCUGCUCUGCCCCUCCGGAGACUCCUUGGGUUGAACUCAGCCCCCCGCGCUGCCUCACGCUGCAGGAGAAGCUGCUCUCCCACUACAGCAGCCGGCUGGUGGUCCCCGAGGCAGAAGCAUCCCUCGCCUUGCAGCUAGCCAGGAGCAUCUGUGCCCAACUGCAGAGCUCCCUGCGGAGCAAGUGCCCGGAGCUGCCCUUUGGCAGCCUUUUCCUCAGUGGUCCCCUGCUUGAUGGCCUCGGGGCUCUGAGGGCCGACCACCUCCACCUCAUGCUGCCUGUGGUCCUCGAUACUGCGCUCUGGAGCCUCAUUUCAGGAGAGGACACCGUGGUGAGGAACCCCCAGUACUGGAUGAUCAAGAGGACUGAUCUGGAGUAUUUUCCUCGCGGGUGCAGCCCCUGGGAUAGGUUCAUUGUGAGCCGGUACCUCUCCUCCAACGUGCUCAACGAGACCCUCCACAAGAUGCUGGUGGCCUCCAUCAACUGGCCUGCCAUCGGCAGCCUGCUGGGCAGUGUCAUCUACCCAGUUGUGGCCUCCCCGGAGCUGAAGCUGGAAGUCAAACAUGAUCAGUUUGACUUGAUCAUCACUCUCUUCCCGGUGGUGGAAGUGGAGGACAAGGUUCUUCUGGCUGCUCCUCCUGAAGGACUAGUGGAAAACCUCUGGCUUGAGAGCUUUUACAGGGCAGAGGUCUCGAAGGUGAAGGAGCUGGAUGCUGGUGACUCCGGGGCUCGGCAACACUUCCUCCGCAUCCUGAAUGGCAUCUGCAAGAGCCACCCCACCCUGCACAAACUCAGCGGUAGCCCCUUGACCCAUGUUGUCCUUCACCUCAGUGCCACCAAUUUGGACUGGGCAGAAGAAAGCCUUGCGGACAGAUUCCAGCAGGUGCUUGAGGAGCUGGUAGGGUACCUGGAGACGGGGGUCCUGCCUUCCUAUUUCAACUACAAAAUCAACCUCUUCUCUGAGCUGUUGGAAGAGGAAAUCGAUGAGAUGGGCUUCAUGCUCUACCGGGCCUUGUCUGAGCCAGAGCUCCUGCUGAAGGAAGAAUGACUGGUGCAUGGGGAGCUCCCAAACACAGGGUGUUCCUCACCCACCUGCUGCUCCUCACUGUGAGGGUUGCAAUGCUUCUAGUUGCCUAAGAGUAAGAGGCAAAGUUCUUGCACUUUAUGACAAAACAAUAUUUGCUGUCUGAACAAACCGUGCCUGAGCAGAGAUGGGUUCUGGCAUGAGGAGCCUUUGGCUGGGAGGCUCUGCUGAACCCAGAGCGGGUGCAGAGCCCGCACCUUGAGUCCCUGCAGGUGAGUCCUGGGCACUGGGAGCUGACGGGCAGCAUGUUUGGUCUCUGGUUCCCGGUGUCCCGAGCCUGCCCCAAGCCAUCAGGCUUCUCUUGUGAGACCACCUGGAGCUGGAUGGGGGCAGCUCCUUGCUGCCACUGGGUCCCGUGGACCCUAGAGGUGCAGUGUCUCAGGUGGGUCCUUUCACCAGCGCCCCUGGUCUCGCUGUGCCAUGCCCUCAGGCUGGCUUUUGGGACCGGAUGGGAGCCUCCUCCCUCUAUAGGAUAUUGCCAGGCUGAUAUAAGGCCCCAGUGCUGACCUGGCUGGGUACUUGGAGGAGCAGCCAUAGGUUAUUCUUUGGAGACCCUUUCAGUGCCAAAAGGGGUGAGCUCAGCCCCUUCCUUCCACCUCAAGGAUGGGGUGUGCUUCCAGCCCUUGUCCCACAGCAGUGUUUGCUGGAAGAUGUCCCGCAGAAGGCAGCAGCAGGAUGUGAGCUGCUGACUCCCGGGAGGCUCCUGCUCUGGGUCCCUUGCAGGGGAACUGCAUCCCCUCCCUGGUGGGUGGGUUGAUGCCAGAGUCCCUCUGCAGGUAUAAACCAACCCUGGCAUCCCCAUCCAGUGACUUUUCACUUGUGCUGCUGCUGUCCUGAGGUCCUGUUUUCCUGGAAGAAGGGAAGUAGGACAGGAAUGAUGCUCUGAGCAAAGCACUUGCAAAAACUGAAGUACUUUGCGCUUUUUAUUAAGAAGUUAUGUUUUGUUGGGGUGUUUUGUUUUUUUCCUUUGAGUGGCUGCUCGUAGGGUUUGGUUCUGGGCUGUCAUCCUAGGGGAAAGGAAUGUGUUCGUGUAUUUAACAGGAAGAGCUGAUUUUGCACACUGGUGGAGAUGGAAAAAUGCUGUGGACAUAGGUUGUUGUGGUUUAGUUUUCUUUACAGCUAUCAUCUUGUUUGCAGGAGGGGAAAAAACCCUGUGCUUUUCCUCCCAGUCUGAAGUUUCCUUAAUUUGUUGCUCCAAAACGCUUCCCCAGUGUCAGCUAUGAGAAUAAACCUUCCCUGUGCACACUGGUUCUCUUGUG